AUGGAACGUGAAGAAGGCUACGAGUUCACUACCUUUAGAGGAACGGACGCUGGGGUGGUGGCCUCUCAGACAAAACGAGCGCCAUUGAUGAGCAACGAAGUCCUAGUCUCAAUCACUCACUCCGGCUUGUGUGGAACGGAUCAACACUAUCGAAAGGCCGGCUGUGUACUUGGACAUGAAGGCAUAGGUAUUGUCCAGUCUCUAGGCCCGGGUGUGAGAACCCUAGGGGUCGGGCAGCGAGUCGGCUGGGGCUAUGUCCAUGGCACAUGUCACAAAUGUCGACAAUGCCUCGAAGGCUACGACCAGUUCUGUUCUUCACGCCAAGUAUAUGGUGUUACAAAUCUUGAUCAAGGGUCCAUGGGAUAUGCAGCUAUAUGGCCCGAAUCCUCCCUUUAUGCAAUACCCGACAAGCUUGCCUCGCUCGACGCCGCACCCAUGAUGUGUGCCGGUGCAAGCAUAUUUGGCAUCUAUGAGCAAUGCGGCAUCAGACCUAACGAUAGGGUUGGGAUUAUAGGUUUAGGGGGUCUUGGCCACAUGGCGGUGAUAUUUGGAGCCAAGCUGGGCUUAGAAACCGUCGUCUUUACGCAUAGUGUUGCAAAACAGGUUGACGCUAUUGUCAUGGGUGCAACAGAAUUCAUCCCCCUUGAAGAUCUGCCACGCAUAAUUUCUGCCCGGCGGAAACGGCGGGACAGUGAUAGCGGUAUUGAUGACCGGGAAAGGCAUAGCAUGGACGACGGAAGUGAGGACGACGCUAUGGAUAUCCGACCGCUGGACCAUUUGAUAGUCACCACAACGGAGAAUGUGGUUUGGUCUACCUUUUUCGAACUAAUGGCUCCACGUGGUACGGUCCAUCUGCUAGCCGGGAGCUUGAAGGAUAAUCUUGUUGUGCCCUCUGCGGCCUUGAUUGAUUCCGGGCUACGGGUAUUUGGUAGCCUUGUUGCGCCGAGAAGCGUCAUGAUUCGAAUGUUGGACUUUGCCGCCAGACACCGAGUAAAACCAAUCGUGCAGAAAUUCCCCCUCACGGCUGAAGGGGUUAAUAAUGCGUUACAGAAGCUAGAUGAGGGGACUAUUCGAUACCGUGGAGUGCUGGAAACCCCGAGGGACUGUUUAUACAAGGUUUCACCAUAG